CCAUAUUCGAUGACGUACUCAGCUGCUUCUGGAGGAGGAUCUCAUGAUCGUACUGAGAGUGGCGAUGCUUCCGGUACAGUGAUGGGUUCUUACAGCUUGACCCAUGCAGGUGGAAGCCGACGAAAGGUUGACUACAGUGCUGGUGGUGCAGGAUUUAAAGCCACUGUCUACACCAACGAACAAGGAUUGGUCCCAGGAGAAGAUCCCGCCGAUGUUUCCAUUCUCGCUCUUGCAGGAUCCGCUGAACCUUCUGGUGCUACAGGUGGCGCUGCUGAACCUUCUGGUGCUGCAGGAGGCGCUAUUGGAGGAGCAGGUACUCCUUUCGACUUCAUGUACAAUGCUGUUUCUGGAGGUGGACUCCACGGCCGGUCAGAAAGUGGCGAUGCUUCAGGCAGGGUUGUGGGUUCUUACAGCUUGACCCAUGAAGGUGGAAGCCAAAGAAAGGUUGACUACAGUGCUGACGGUACAGGAUUCAAAGCCACUAUCUACACCAACGAACAAGGAUUGAUCCCAGGAGAAGACCCCGCCGAUGUUUCCAUUCUCGCUCUUGCAGGAUCCGCUGAACCUUCUGGUGCUACAGGUGGCGCUGGUGGACCUUCUGGAGGAGCUGCUCUACCGUUCAACUUCAUGUACAGUGCUCCUGCAGGAGGAGGAGCCAGCUCCAGGUCAGAAAGUGGAGAUGUAUCCGGAAACGUGGUGGGUUCAUACAGCGUGGAGGACCCUGAUGGACGUCGCAGGAAAGUAGACUACACUGCUGGUUCUGGAGGAUUCAAAGCAAAUAUUCAAAGUAAUGAACCUGGUGUGGAACCUGGUAGUAACCCUGCUGAUGUAGAAAUCAAUGCUUAUGCAGGACUUCCCAUGAUUCCUGCUGGUGCCCCUGCUGCUGGUGGCCCUGCUGAUGCCCCUGCUGCUGGUGCUUCUGGAGGUGAAGACAUAGGUGGUGCA